UUUCUUCGAUUUUUUUCAUCUCUUUUAGGAGGAACCUGGAAGGGUCCUUCUUUCUGACAAUUUCAAGCCAGUGGACGUCCAGAGAAGAGAGAGAAAGAGGAGACACGAACACAAGCGAGGAGAAGCUAGAUUCAGAAUCAGGUCAUUCCGUGAUAACCCAUUACAUAUUUUUGUCUCUUUGUUCAUACGUCUGCAUACAUUUAUUGAUGUUGUGUUGUGUCUCCUCUUUAUUGAGCAAAGAGGUUUUGAGGAGCUCUUAAGAAGAAAAGGGGGUGGAAAAUAUGGAAUUUGAGACCAACAGUUGGAUCUGGGAUGGGGCGUAUUACUAUCCACAUUUAUUUGGUGGUAUAAUGCUCACAGCUGCGUUGCUUGGGUUGUCCACGAGCUAUUUUGGUGGGAUGACAGUCCCUGGUUUGCCGUAUUUAUUGCCCGAUUUGAGGAUUUUCCAGAAGAAGAAAUGUGGGAAGAAACACGUUCGGGUUUACAUGGAUGGAUGCUUCGAUCUCAUGCAUUAUGGCCAUGCAAAUGCAUUGAGGCAAGCAAAAGAUUUGGGAGAUGAAUUGGUGGUUGGAGUUGUGAGUGAUGAGGAGAUUAUAGCCAAUAAGGGUCCACCUGUUUUAUCCAUGGAUGAGAGGCUGGUCCUUGUUAGUGGGUUGAAGUGGGUGGAUGAAGUCAUUCCCAAUGCUCCUUAUGCAAUUACUGAAGAGUUCAUGCACCGUCUCUUUAAUGAGCAUAAGAUUGACUAUAUUAUACAUGGUGAUGAUCCUUGCCUUCUUCCGGAUGGAACCGAUGCUUAUGCUGCGGCUAAGAAAGCUGGUCAUUAUAAGCAGAUCAAACGCACUGAAGGUGUCUCCAGCACAGAUAUUGUAGGAAGAAUACUUGCUUCCGCUAAGGAUACAAAAGUCUAUGAAGAUCGUCAUGAAUCAUCUUUGUCACAAGAACCUCGUACAAUGAAAAGCAGUCAGGAUGAGGAAAGUCAUGCCAAGGGUGUCCACAUAUCUCAUUUUCUACCUACAUCUAGACGGAUUAUGCAAUUUUCAAAUGGCAAGGGGCCUGGACCAAAUGCUCGUGUGGUGUACAUUGAUGGAGCAUUUGACCUUUUUCAUGCUGGACAUGUUGAGAUUCUCAAGAAUGCGAGGCAACUUGGAGAUUUUCUACUCGUGGGACUCCACACUGACCAGACUGUCAGUGAAAAUCGAGGGACUCAGUAUCCCAUAAUGCAUCUACAUGAGCGUAGUCUUAGUGUACUGGCCUGCCGUUAUGUAGAUGAAGUCAUCAUGGGAGCACCGUGGGAAGUUACCCAGGAUAUGAUAAAAACUUUUAACAUCUCUUUGGUUGUGCAUGGGACAGUUUCUGAGAACGACUCUGUCUUGAAUGGUAAAGCUGAUCCAUAUGCUGUUCCCAAGAGCAUGGGAAUUUUUCGGAUGCUUGAAAGUCCAAAGGAUAUAACUACCACUUCAGUAGCCCAAAGGAUAAUUGUGAAUCAUGAGCUUUACAAGAAACGCAAUGCCAAAAAGGAAGCAAGUGAGAAAAAAUACUACGCAGAGAAGAAAUAUGUCACAGGAGACUGAGAGGUCCGAGCGCAGAUUUCAAUUGGCGGUAUCAUUGACAGUUUUUCCUUCAAACCUUUAGCCUUCAUAGAAAUCACUGUUGCUGCUAGAUAGAAAUCAUCCCUUAUACUUUAUUCGUGAAGGAUAUAUGGAGGAGGAGUACCGAUACCGAAGGAAUGAAGGAUAUUCCCUCAUCCGAAGCUUGAUGUAGUGUUCUCCUGUAUUGUGCUGUCCCUAAGAAUAGAAGUAUAGAUACGUUGACAUGGCGAUCUUGCCAUUUGCUUGGUUUUUACUAAUCUUGAGAAUCUGUAUGCCCAUAGUUUGAUUUAUUGAGGCCUUGGUUGAAACUACAUUGUGUUCCAACGGCGGCUGGCUUUUGGUCCAGUUCAAUCAUGUACUCACUAAUUUGGAAACGUUGUAAUUUUUGUAUACGAGAGUGUCCUUUAAAAAAAACUCCAUUAGGUA